CUGCAUGUGCGUUCCUUGUCGGACAUCUUGAAUAUUCAUUAUUUACAGACGCCAUUAAAGUUUUUCUAAAGAAUUGUAGGUCGCUUAAAUUUGUGGUAAAGUUCAAAAUAAAUAAUAAUCAUGAGUGACAUUGAUCCAGAAAAACUAAAAGUGGCUGAACUGAGAGAUGAAUUGAAAGCAAGAGGGCUUGAUACCAAAGGCAAUAAAGCUGCACUGGUGGCUCGUCUGAAAGAAGCUCUUGAAUCCUCAGCCGAUGACAAUGAGGAAGCUACUGUUGGACAAGAAGAGGAAGAAAAACCAAUGGAAGAGUCAGAGGAUAAAGAAGCUGAAGAGCAAGAAGAAUCAUCUAAUGUUACUGAGGAGGUUCAACCUGUUGAUGAGAGUACAAAUGACAAUGAAGAUCAAACAGAGCAAACAAAAGAAACUGCUGAAACAGAGACCACAGAAAAAGAAGAAGAAAACACUGCAGAAGAGUCGCAUCAGGAAGCAAAUGGUGAUGGAGAUGAUGAGCCCCCUGUAGUUCUUGGAGAAGAGUUUAGAACUAUUGAUGAAACUACACAGGAUGAUAAUGAAGAAGGUAAUACAGACAGAAAGCGAAAAAGGUCGCGGUCUCGCUCCCCUAGAGAUCGCCACAGGAGAUCUAGAUCUAGAUCCAGGGAUCGUCAUAGGCGUAGUCAUUCCAGGGAACGAAGACAUGCUAGACACUCCCCACCACCAAGAAAAGUUGAUAUGGAUGACACAACAUGGGAAUCACUCACCACUUUUGUCCUUGAUCGAUAUGACGCUGACAUGAAUCUCAGAUUUGAUGACAACAACAUCAAAGCUCACCCACUAACAGUUGAUGGUUUCGCUUAUAUGUGGUCAGGUGUGAGAGCUAUGUAUGGCGUUAAAACUGGGAAAGUUGCUUUUGAAGUGAAGGUUCUUGAAAAUUUAAAUGUAGAACAUUUAUCAAGAGACGAACCAAACCCACAUGUUCUCCGUGUAGGGUGGUCUGUAAAUUCAACUUCUUUAAAUCUAGGUGAAGAAGAAUUAUCAUAUGGUUAUGAUGGAACUGGUAAAUCCUCUACAGCUUGUAAUUUUGUGGAUUUUGGUCAGACAUUUGGACCAGGAGAUGUUAUUACAGCCUACUUGGAUUUAGAAAGUGAUCCAGCUGUCAUUUCAUAUGCGAAAAAUGGUGAAGAUCUUGGAACCUGCUAUGAAGUUUCUAAAGAAUCAUUAGGAGACAAUGCAUUAUUUCCACAUCUUAUGACAAAAAACACUGAAUUUGAGUGCAAUUUUGGUGCCAGGGAAGGACCCUACUUUCCUUUGAAAGAUGAAUUCAAAUUUUUAGAAGAAGUGGCAGAAGAAGAACGGGUCAGAGGACACAAGCCACCAUCUACAAAAGAAGAAUGUGAGGUAAUCAUGAUGGUUGGACUACCUGGCGCAGGAAAAACUCACUGGGCUGUAAAGCAUGUUGAAGAAAAUCCUGAUAAAAGAUACAAUCUUCUUGGUACAAAUAGCAUCAUAGAUAAGAUGAAAGUAUUGGGUCAGCCAAGAAAACAGAAUCACUCAGGGCGAUGGGAAGUUCUAGUAGACAAGGCAAACAAAUGUCUCAAUAGACUAGUUGAGAUAGCUGCAAGGAAAAAGAGAAAUUACAUCAUUGACCAGACAAAUGUGUAUGCAUCUGCCCGGAGACGUAAAAUGCAGCCUUUUGAAGGUUUUCAACGCAAGGCUGUAGUGGUCUUGCCUACUGAUGAAGUGUUCAAAAAACGAGUGAAGGAAAGAGCAGAAGAUGAGGGAAAGGAUAUUGCUGAAAGCACAGUAAACGAGAUGAAAGCAAAUUUCACACUUCCUGAGGAAGGUCAGUGCUUUGAAACCAUUGUCUAUACUGAAGAAGAACUAAGUAAAGAAGACAGAGAGAAGUUGAUAGAAAGCUACAGAAAAGAAGGACGAGAUGCUCUUCCUCCCCCAGAUAAACGCUUUAGGAGAGACAGUCGAGAUUUCAGAGGAGAUCGUCGAGGUGGUGGUUACCGUGGACCAAUGGAUAGAGAUCGACGUGGAGGAGGAUUCAGAGGACGUGGAGGAUACAAUAAUGCAUGGAGACCAUAUAAUGACAGAAGAGGUCGUGGUGGUGGCGGUGGUUACAGAGAUGAUAGGCGACGAGAUGACAGGAGUGCUGGCUACAAUAAGUGGGGCAACUACAAUCAAGGUUAUAACAACCAAGGCUGGGGGCAGUAUGGCCAUAAUUAUAACCAACAAUGGGGUGGCUACAACUCUGGCUCCAACAGUUCCUAUGGAUGGGGUGGUUACUCACAUAAAUAAACCAAUUUAAAUAUUGUAUGUAUUUAACACAUGGAAUAUGAAUUGUUUCUUUGUUCACUCAGUCUCCAUAUUUUGCAUUCAUUUAUAUGAUGAAAUGAUUUUUUAUAUCAAUAAAAUAGGACAUAAUUGGCUUUUAAAAUCACAUUUUACUUAGAACAAAUAAGGUAUGAAUUUGUUUAAAUUUUAUGGUAAAAAGUAACCAUGAAUAUUUUUUUUUCAUAUAAUCUAAAUUAAUUCAGCAGCCAGAAGCCACAUCAUUUGUAUAUACAACCCUUGAUCUGAAAUUGUUUGGCACCAACUUAUUUUCUUGUUUGCUAGACAUAAUUUCAGCAUCUUGAACUACAGACAUUAUUUUGUACUCUUGUUUUAAUACUAAAUGCACAUUUUUAUUGCUUGCUUAUGAUCUGAGUCGACUAUUUUCUAAUCAACAUCUUUUUAAAUUUGUUGAAUAAAUUUAGUAGACUUGUAGAUUUUGUCCAUUUUUAACUCUGUAUUUAUUGUAACUCCCAUUAGUGGCAUAGUAUGAAAUUGUAAAAAGGAUUGGGUUUUUUUCCUCAGAAAAAAGUCAUCCAUUAGUUUUCAUUAAAGCAAUUUAUGUAUAAUCUGAGUACAUUCUAUGGCUUGAACUAUGACAUAAAUGUGACACUGGCAAUUCAUACAUUUGUUUUUUCUUUAGCAUUUGUUUUGUGUAGGAGAUGUUUAGCAUGAUGUCUUAAAUUUUGUAAUGUUUUGGAGUAAGAAAAGGCAGCAUUGAAAAAAGAAAAAACUCAUCAUUUAUUCAUGCUGUUAUGUGUAUUAUAGUCUACUAAAUGUUACUGUACUCAAAAAUGAUUUUAUUACAUGUCACAUUAAGUUUUUAAAUGGCUUAGUUUUUUUUUUUUCCCCUAGUUUUUCAGUAAAUCUAAUUUAAUUGAAA